GUUUGAUACUGUCUGUCACUGCUGAAAGGAGAGCGGUCUGUCAGCUGAGAACACCUCAGUCAUGGACGGCUCCACUAAAACACCAGUUAAAAACUGUGAGGGACUGAGGGAAGAUUUAAAAGCAGGUGAAUCGGCUUCACCUGGAUGCUGGGGUUCUGGCAUGAAAAACAUGUGUGGCUUCAUCCCGCCGGACUACCGACAUGAGCUCAUACAGCUGUUCAGACUGGCGGGACCGGUGAUCAUUUCCCAGUUGAUGGUCUUCCUGAUCAGUUUCAUCAGCACUGUGUUCUGUGGUCACCUGGGGAAAACUGAACUUGCAGCAGUAGCGUUAUCAAUUGCGGUGGUUAAUGUCACUGGUGUCUCCAUUGGUACUGGUCUGUCAUUAACUUGUGAUACCUUAAUAUCUCAGACCUAUGGGAGCGGUAACUUGAAGCGUGUGGGUGUGAUUCUCCAGAGGGGGAUUCUGAUUCUGUUGCUGGCCUGUUUCCCCUGCUGGGCUGUCCUCAUCAACACUGAAGUUCUCCUACUUGCUGUCAAACAGAGCCCAGAAGUCGCCAGUCUCUCCCAGCUGUAUGUAAUGAUCUUCAUGCCUGCUCUCCCGGCUGCUUUUAUGUACCAGCUGCAAGGGAGGUAUCUUCAAAAUCAGGGAAUUAUAUGGCCUCAGGUUAUAACUGGAGGGAUUGCAAAUAUCCUCAACGCAGUCAUCAACUACGUUUUCCUCUUCUGUCUGGACAUGGGUGUUGCUGGAUCUGCUGCAGCCAAUGCUAUCUCACAGUAUUUGCUGGCUGUGUUAUUAUUUGUUUACAUCUGCUGGAGGGGACUGCAUAAGGCUACAUGGACAGGUUGGUCACUGGACUGCCUGCAGGAGUGGGGACCCUUCAUUCGGCUUGCCAUCCCUAGUAUGCUCAUGCUUUGUCUGGAGUGGUGGAUGUUUGAAAUAGGAGGAUUCCUGGCUGGAGUGAUUAGUGAGGCUGAGCUGGGAGCUCACUCCGUGGUUUAUGAGUUGACGGUUAUAGCUUACAUGAGUCCAAUGGGAUUUGCUGUUGCUGCCAGUGUACGGGUUGGGAAUGCUCUUGGUGCAGGAAACAUAGAGCAGGCCAAGCUGUCUUGCAAAGUCCCCAUUAUUUGUACAUUAAUAAUUGCAUGUUUAGUUGGAGUCAGCUUCAGCGUUGCCAGAGAUGUCAUUGGAUACAUCUUCACAUCAGAGCAAGAGAUUUUACAGAGGGUUGCUGACGUCAUGAUCGUGUUCUGCUUCUUGCAUGUUGGUGAUGCUAUUGCGGGUGUGACUGGAGGUGUUCUCAGAGGAGCAGGAAAACAGUCAGUUGGUGCUCUGUGUAACCUGGUGGGGUUUUAUUUCAUAGGUGUCCCUAUUGGUGUGUCCCUAAUGUUCGCAGCAAACAUGGGGAUUGUAGGACUAUGGACAGGACUGACCAUUUGUACAUUACUGCAGUCGGUUUUCUUUGUCACAUUUGUGUAUAAACUGAAUUGGAAAAAGGCUGCCGAAGAGGCUCUUCUGAGAGCAGGAGUCCAGGUGAAAGAUGAAAAAGAGAUGGUUGGGAUAGAAAAUGCAGGUGCAAAUCAGAGCCAGCCCCAGAUCAGUGUUACUGCAUCCAGUUGUGAGCAUGCUGAGGAAGGCCAGAAUAAAACCAGUACCACUACAGUAGGAAAUGUUCUGUCGAUAACACAACUGGUGUUACGGCGUGGCUUCGCAUUGCUGUUCAUGGUUGCCAUCCUUGUCGCUGGAAUCUUCAUAAGCAACAUCCUCACUAGGCUGCUGAAAUAAAUCAUCCCAUAAUGUUUUCAUGUUAACACUGAAUCCCGUUUUAUUGAAAGGGUUGCUGGCGCUGUUGAUCCCACUGAGGAUCAGCCCGAGUCUGCAGCAUUGUGCUGCUUAUAGCCAACAACACUCUCAUGAAUAACUAGACAGCCACUCUAUGGCAGACAGUUUAAUUAAACAAGGUAAUAAGCAUGGAUAUUUUCUCAAGAGUUAGAGGACCAAAGCACUUCAGUCUGGAGGGCUGUAAUCAAAAAAAUUCCUGGUCGACUGAAAUUCUACCUACUUUCAACCAAUCGAUUGGUUGAUGGGCAAAAAAAUAUGUGCAUGUUAUCUCUAGAUUAACUAAAUUGGUCACAGGGCACUGUCACCAAAGCACUAUUUUCUUGUGAGUUUGACAAUAACACUUGCCCAGGGAAAGUAAACUCUGUGUUUGGGCAAAUGGAAUGCCUCGAGUGAAAAAUAAAUGUGAUGUCCACUGUAAUAUUAUCUGUAAAAACUGCACACUGUAUUGCUGGGAGCAUCCAGCUAGUGUCUCACCGCCAAGCACUGAGCAGGCCUGAUGAGAAAAAUCUGACAUAGUGGACACCAUAUAAGUUAACUGUGGGUUUGACAAUGUAUUAUACAACAUAAUGUUACUAAUGUUAAAUAUCUCUGUAACACUGCAUGUGAGAGAGACUUACUAAUUUUAGCCCAGUAGUUAAUGUUAGCAUCCUGCCACUCCAACAAGGGCUCCGGUGUGAUCCUAUCCCUUUUGGAAGCUUUAUAAUCCAGUCUUUUAGAAUUACUGUUUCCAAAUGGGAAAAGAAAUGCUUCAGUGGAGACACAGCCUUAUUAAAGUAUCACCAGUGAUUUUCUGAUCAAUGAGAACUUGGUCAGACAAGAGCAUAUUAACCAAACGACCAGAAUCUAACAGCCCUGUUGGACAACAACUUAAAACUAAGCCUACUAUGACACAUAAAGGGCAAAUAUUGCUUAAUGCAACUUUGCAAGAAUUUCUUGAGGCAUUCCAUAUUUGCAUCACCAUAACAAGCACUAAGAAGGUGCUGUGUAAUGUAUUUAACAAAGUGGAACAUGCCAAGUUAAGUAGCUCAGGUAGAGUUAAAGAAGAAAAUGUUUUGAUUUUAGGGUAAAAAUUUGAGAAGUUUGCACACUGUGCUUUGAGUUCAAGUGUAAAUUAAGUGUAUACGUACAGAUAUAUAUAAGUACAGGUAAAUAAUAGGGCUGUAAUGGUCCACAAAAUUCACAGUUCGAUACGAUACAGUGGUGUCACGGUUUGGUGUGUUUUUGAUACAGCAAAAAGUAGAAAUGCUAGAGAAUUUUCCUUUAUUUUCUUAUGUUUUAUUUUUAAUUGUAUGUUACUCUAAUUCAUUUAUUUAUUUAUACUACAAUCAUAAAGUGUGAUCUUUUUUUACUUUGAACAAUGAUGGAGCUAAGUGCCCCGUUACUACUGACAUUAGAGCUGACACUACAGCACAUAGCAUUUAUGUCGUUUCUAUCGCUCACUGUGUGUCAGUGGUGAGGUUGCUACAUUCCACAAGCUCUCUGAGCUCUCUCAGUCCAAAAAAUGCAUGAAUAAACAUUCCUGUUAAAUGCUACAAUCAUAUAAACACAAGUUAAACAGCCGUCACUAACGUAUCUUUCAGUCUUCAGUCUGCCCGAAUCAGCUACCUGGCCAGCCAGCAGUUGCUGCUUACUGCUGUUGGUGUGUGCUUUGAGAUAACCUUAGCUGCUGAAGUAAAGGUUAUAGCCCAUAGCCAUGCAGCAGCUCUCCAUGGUUCUUAUGCUUCAGCUCAAGGGGUCCCAUAUGUUGCUGUGCUACAGGGUUAGCUGCUAAGGAGAGUCUAUAGCUGAGGCUCGGUCUUUGGCUUGGUGUGUUUUUAUCCAUCUUGCCAUCACCCUCAUAAUUCACAGCAAAACCAAAGCGGCUCCGAACACAAGACCUGUAGGUUAUCAUAGGAUCUUAUGUCUGUAGUUAGUAAUGGUGUUACUAACCAACUGAUAAGUAACCAUCCUGCAACAAGCUAGCUUAGUGUGGCUGGUCUCACUGGAGUACAAUGUUCUGGUUGUGCGGUUCCUUUAUGCGGGGCUGCGGGCUGCCUUGUCAAGCGCAGUAGUUUAAACCAGUGAAUCCCAACCGGUCCAGCCAUGGGGUCCAGAUUUCUCCUUAAUCAUUGGUUCAAGUUACACAGAGUUUAAUAUAUUCAGUGUCAUACUUGAAUUUGGCGAUGUUGUCAAGCUAGUUUGCUGUCUCUGUUUGCUCUGUUAUUAACUGUUAUUCACUCACUCACUCUACAACAGGAAACAGCACCUCAAAAAAAAAAAUAAAAAUUUGUGCCAGUUAUUCAAGGUACUUCAAAAUUAGGUGUGUUGGGGCGCUGGUGGCUUAGUGGCAGAGCAGGCGCCCCAUGUACAGGGCUGUUGCCGCAGCGGCCCAGGUUCGACUCCAGCCUGUGGCCCUUUGCUGCGUGUCAGUCCCUCUCUCUCUUCCCCCUUCAUGCUUGUCUGUCCUAUACAUUAAAGUCUAAAAAGCCCCAAAAAAUAUCUUUAAAAAAAUUAGGUGUGUUUUUUUACAAACUCGACACGUUCACGAGUCACUUACGGUCCAUUCAGACUGGACCAGUUGGAAACCACUGGUUUAAGCUGUAUAUUUUAUUUUUAAGUAAUAGGAGAGCUCAACAUAUCAUUUGGUUUGUAAUACAUACCAAACCAAAACAAACGGUUCAAUACGAAUAUGUAUAUUGUUACACUCCUAGUAAAUAAUGUACUCUUACAUCAUCAAAGCAUAAGAAUUGUGAAAGAUUUUUUUUUUUUGUUGAGGUUCCUUUAAGAUAGUGUUCAUGUAUGUAUCGUGGUCAGUUGUAGUGGAUCGAUGUAUUUGUUCCUGAAUCUGUAUGUGAUAUUUUACACUCAUUCUUUUUAUGCCUUUGUCAACAUCGGUGACAAAAUUAAGGAGGAGUUUUUUACUGCCAAACAGAGUAAUCAAAGUGAAAAUCUGUGAUGCCAAAUAAGUUAUGUAAGCAAUACAAAGAGAGGGUUUUCUGUUAUGAGUUGUAUCCUCAUCAUUGUCAUCUCUCAAUAUGAA